AUAGAGCCUCCAUCUUUCGUCCGAACACUUGAACCAGCAGAGGUAGUGAAGGGAACAAACACCGUUCUUCAGUGUGAGGUUGCUGGCACCGGACCGUUUGAGAUUAGCUGGUACAAAGACAAGAAACAGAUCCGCAGUAGUAAAAAAUACAGGUUGACCUCUCAGAAAGCGGUUGUUUCUCUGGAGGUGUCAUCUUUUAAUAGCGCGGACGUUGGUGAAUAUGAAUGCAUCAUAGCUAAUGAAGUUGGAAAGUGCAUAUGCAGUGCAACAUAUAUCUUGAAAGGUCAGUGGGAGAGAGAACACUCCGCUCACUGCAGGGAACCUCUUAUUUCUUAAAACGUCUUGUCUUUGGAUUUCUGCGGGUGGGUGGAGAGGAGGGUAUCUUCUCUUAAAACUCUGUGCAUAUCUUAACUCUUACCUGACAUCAAACCUAUGAAUUUAAAGAACACUUGGCUUAAAGGGCUCUGCAUUACUCUUCCAGCUGGGUAAUGUAGCUCUUUCCUUCGCCUGCUCUUUAACUGAAUUGCGUCAUAUGCUGUGUGCAUUGUCUCAUCUUGUGCAGCGGAUUUCAUGGAAUGAUGUAGCAGAUGAGUAUUUCUUUUUAUCUCUUUUCUUUGAACUAGAACCACCUUCUUUUGUUAAGAAAAUUGAAAACGUGACAGCUCUGGCUGGAGACAAUGUUACGUUACAGGCUGUGGUGAAAGGGUCAGAGCCUAUUUCUGUGAUGUGGAUGAAAGGCAAAGAGAUUAUUCAAGAUGAUAACAAAGUGAGAGUGACAUUUGAACACGGGCUAGCAACACUGCAAAUUACUGGUGUCCAGCUGAGCUCUGGUGGCAAAUACACUUGUGUGGCUGAGAACGAUGCAGGAAGUCAGUCCUGUUUUGGUGAACUGGCAGUUAAAGGUCAGUGGAGGAGUGCCAUUUCCUCUGCAUGGUCUCCCGCCUAAGAAGAAGAGCAAUUUACUUUUGUCCUUAACGCUGAUUGUUUAAUUCUGUUGUAGAACCUGCCAAAAUCAUUGAAAAAUCCGAAGUUAUUCAGGUGACAGCAGGAGACCCAGCCAUUUUGGAGUACACUGUCACAGGCACU